UAGUAUUAGCCAUAUGCUAUGUAACGUAAUGUAAUAUUCCUUUGGAAUCAAAGAUCCUUUUUUAUUUUCGGUGCUAGCUUCACGCAUGAUCACUAUAAAUACCCUUUUCUCCCUUGGUGAAUAAUCCAAGCCAACAAACGAUUUUGAGAGUACUGCAAGAAACCCAAAUAGAGUCUAAUUCUUGUGAAGGAGAUUUCUUCUUCCAUUGAGUUUUAUUUUUUUGCUAGCUAUUCCCUUUGUCACCCAAAAAAAUGUCUGGAAUUGUGGUUGUUUUCGACUUUGAUAAGACCAUCAUUGAUAUCGACAGUGAUAACUGGGUUGUUGACGAGUUGGGUUUCACCGAUUUGUUUAAUCAGCUUCUUCCCACCAUGCCUUGGAACUCCCUCAUGGAUAAGAUGAUGAUGGAGCUUCAUUCAAAAGGUGUAACUAUUGAAGAGAUUGAAGAGGUUCUCCAUAGGAUUCCUAUUCACCCCAGAGUGAUACCUGCUAUUAAAGCAGCUCAUGCUUUAGGGUGUGAUUUGAGGAUUGUGAGUGAUGCAAACAUGUUUUUCAUUGAGACAAUUUUGGAGCACUUAAAAAUAAAGGAAUACUUCUCAGAGAUUAACACUAACCCUGGUUAUGUUGAAGAAGGAAGGUUAAGAAUUUUGCCUUAUCAUGAUUUCAAUAAGGCUCCCCAUGGCUGCUGCGGUUUGUGUCCUCCAAACAUGUGCAAGGGUUUAAUCAUAGACAGAAUCCAAGAUUCAUUUUCUCAAGAUGAUGACAAGAAAAUCAUAUACCUUGGCGAUGGGGCUGGGGACUAUUGCCCAAGCUUAAGGCUUAAACAGAGAGAUUUCAUGAUGCCAAGGAAGAAUUUUCCUGUGUGGGACUUAAUAUGCAAAGACCCUUCACUUCUUAAAGCUGAAAUCCAUGGUUGGACUGAUGGAGAAGAAUUGGAGCAAGUUCUGUUGCAGUUGAUCAGCCAAAUUUCUAUGGAGAAAGAUGCUCUGUUUAUGUCAUCUGACUGCAAAACACAGACUCUUUUGAUCUCUGCUCAUGAGCCUUUGCCUAAAGUUCUUCAUGUUCGACCAUAAAUUCUUAGUUUUAGAAUUGCUGCAAAUGCAUCAUAACUUUAGUUUGUCUUCCCCCUUCUAAUUACCCUAAAUCAACGCUUCCAAAAGUUACUAGUCUUGGAAUGGUCCAAGAUGGAAGUGUAAAAUUUCUAUCUAAUACAAACAUGAGUUUGCUCUUGA